UUUAGUUUUUAUGGCUGAUGCCUCUGAUGUCACGUUGCUCAGGUGUGUCUGUCUCCUCCCCGCCGGCAGGAAGCUUUUAAAAGCUCCCCGUUUCUCCUGACCUGCAGUUCUCUGUCAGACUCCCAGCAGAAUCAUGCCUGAAGUUGAGGUAACAUACUCCGAGGUGAAGUUCACCAAAUCAGCGCCCAAAGAUAAUAAUUCUUCAUCCACUGACACCACUUAUUCUGAAGUCCAGCUUUCGAAACUGGAAGACACAAAGGAUUUAUCUAUUCACGUAAAAAAAAAAGAGGCAGAUGUUCAACAACCCAGACGGGACAGGAAGUCCAAAAUGUCUCCAGCGGUUCUGGUGGUUCUCGUCGUUCUCGUCGUUCUCUUGGCAGCUGCUGCCAGCGGCUUGGUUGUACUUUAUAUAACGAACAACGAAGCUGUCCAAAGCCUGAAUGAGAAGAUCGACAUGUUGAAGAAAAACUCCUCAGAAAGCAUCGACCAGCCUACAUGUCCACCACCAGCAACAUGUCCAUCUUGUCCCACUACGUCUUCUUGUCCUACUUCUGGAACCACAGAACCGCUGCCACCAACAUGUCCGCUUCCAACAUGUCCUCCUCCUCCAACAUGUCCUCCUCCAACAUGUCCUCCUCCAACAUGUCCUCCUCCAACAUGUCCUCCUCCUUCAACAUGUCCUCCUCCUUCAACAUGUCCUCCUCUAACAUGUCCCCCCACAACAUGUCCGACUUCUCCAACAUGUCCAGAACCUUCAACGUAUCCUCCAACUAAUACAACAAGAAAUGAGACAAGCAGCCCGAGUCCAUAGGUGGAGGAACAGGGUGAAUGUAACAAUACGAUGGACUGCUUGGGGGACGAUGAAGACACAAAACUCUGAGGAGAUCCUGUGGUUGGACAGAGAUUAUGAUGAGAAGUAUUUGUGAGAAAGAAGCAGAACUGCAGCUGUGUUUCUGUGUGUGAAGUUCAAUUCAGUCCAGAAAACAGCUUCAUAUCUCUGCACAUUUUAUAGAGAUGAUUACCGGAUAAAUGUUCUGAUUCUAAGAGAUCUUUACCUUAUUUUUCACUUUCUGUAACAGCAGGUCUCCUGUUAAACAUGUAAAAUCAUUAAAAUGUGUUUUCAGCUUUUACGAGCUUCUUGUUUUUAUAGUAACUGUCGAACGAUGAGGUAAUGAGGUUCAAUCAUCAAGUUCUCCACUUUAAGAACUUUGGGGAAAAAACAUUUCAUCACAUUGU